AUGAUAGGAAGUGAUUAUACGUUAGAGCUUUGCAAUGUGUUUCAUUCUGGACAAGUGGAGCCAGGAAGCUUCUUCCAACGAUUAACAGGCGGUGUAAAAACAGGAGUGAUCUUGAAAGAUGUAUCGUUUAUCACCCAUAGUGGGGAAGUAACCGCUAUUUUGGGAUCAAAAGGUAGUGGUAAGCGUGCCCUUUUGGACGUCAUCAGUCGUCGAGUGCCUUCCAAAGGCCAUAUCUUGCUCGAAGGUGUCCCACUGGAGGAAGACCAUUUCAGGAAUACAUGUGCCGUGGUCAGGCAUUCUACGAAGCUGCUGCCAGGUCUUACUGUCCAGCAGACUCUAUCAUUAUCGUUAACCAAGAUUUCAGGGUAUCUCAAAUCAUCAAAGGUCAAACAAGUAAUGGCGGACUUAGCCCUGUCACAGGUUGCUCAUAAGUGCGUUACAAGCCUAACGAAAAGCGAAUAUAGAAGAUUGGUGAUUGGAGUACAGUUGAUCAGAGACCCAAUAAUUCUCUUACUGGACGAACCUACUUGGGAUUUGGACCCUCUGAACACUUAUCUCGUUAUAUCCAUCUUAUCCAACGUGGCAAAGAAGUAUGGCUCAGCUAUCAUACUUACUAUGGAGAAACCACGGUCAGAUGUCUUCCCAUUUCUCGAUCGCGUGGUAUAUCUUUGUCUUGGAGACGUCGUAUACGCAGGCCCGACGCGAAAUUUGCUAGACUAUUUCGGCAGUAUUGGUUUCCCUUGCCCGCAGUUGGAGAAUCCGUUGAUGUACUACUUGUGCCUAUCAACAGUAGACAGACGCUCUAGAGAAAGAUUUAUCGAGUCCAACCAUCAGAUAGCAGCAUUGGUGGAGAAAUUCAAGGUCGAAGGUCAGGGUAUAAUGCAGGGCAACCCUGCUGAACACAACCGAAUUAUUAACCCUAAUAAAAUUCAGAUGAAUUAUGGAAAACCUGGUGGAGUCAAAGUUCUAUUCAUGCUAUAUUUGCGAAUUCUACUAUCGAUAUUCAACUUCAAGAAAAACGGACUAAAACAGAUGUCCAUGCGUCUACUGUCUCUACCUUUUUACUUCUGUAUUCUGUGGAUAUUCUAUAAUGAAGCGAAGGAUUACCAGCGAGCUUUUAUAACUAAAAGCGGGCUCAUAUUCAACGCAAUGUUGGGGACGUACUUUAUCAGUAUUAUGAACACAAUAUGCCUAUACGGACCAUACAGAACCCGCUACUACCAGGAGUCCCAAGAAGGUCUAUACAGCGGCGCAAGCCUCCUCCUUGCUUGGAAUAUGGUAUCACUCCCGUUUUCCUUCAUCACUGCCUUUGCGUCUGCUGCCAUAAUUUAUCCAAUACUCGGUGACAUCACAGAAGGUAUGGACUAUGUGUACUUUGCCCUAGUGCUCUGGUCAUGCUACAUAUACGCGGAACAGCAAUCAUUAGCAAUCAUGAUGUUCGUUAAGAAUGGCUUAAUAGCUGCUAUCGUGAACAUCUAUAUCACUUGCAUUUACGUGAUGCUGGCCAGCGGAGUUUUAAGAUCCUACAAAGGCUAUGAAGAGUGGCUCUUCUACCUAACAUACGCGACGCACACCCGCUACGCGUCCAUAUUCCUCCACCGAAACAUUUUCAAGCAGCCCACAUUCAAUAUCCUACCGUACGAUGACGAAGACAACUGCACAUCGAUUACCAACCUCAUACAGACCUCGGCUACCCUCAACACGAACUCAAACGCCAACUGCCGAUACGCGAGCGGCAAAGCCUUCUUAACAGAACGUUUUACAGCUAAGAACUUUGCUGGUGAUAUAUAUUUGACUGGCGAUUUCAAUCCGGAUUUUAAUUUGGGCGUCUCUUUCGCUUUUUCUUUGGGAAUCAUGGUGCUGAAUAAGUUUUUGUAUUUGAUGCCCUUGCCGAGUUAUAUCACUGAUAAGUUUAGAGAGUAA